UUGCCCGCUAUGGCGGCGAUGCCGAGGUUGGGGUUGGGAUGCGGCGCUUCUGACUGAGGGGGUAGGCCAGUCGGAGGCAUCGGAAACAUCGGCGCGGCUCAGAAGAGGACCAGCCUGGACGCCGGGGACGCUGUCAUGUACGGCGCGGGCGGAGGCCGCGCCAAAACCGAGAGGAAAAGCGGCGCGAAGGAGGAGGCCGGGCCUGGCGGUGCCGGUGGUGGGGGGAACCGAGUGGAACUGCUGGUCUUCGGCUAUGCCUGCAAGCUGUUCCGGGACGAUGAGCGGGCCCUGGCCCAGGAACAGGGACAGCACCUCAUCCCCUGGAUGGGGGACCACAAGAUCCUCAUCGACAGAUAUGAUGGGCGCGGUCACCUGCAUGACCUUUCUGAGUACGAUGCUGAGUAUUCCACGUGGAACAGAGAUUACCAGCUCUCUGAAGAGGAGGCACGAAUAGAUGCCCUGUGUGAUGAGGAGAGGUAUUUAGCCUUGCAUACGGACUUGCUUGAGGAGGAGGCAAGGCAAGAGGAAGAAUACAAGCGAUUGAGUGAAGCACUGGCAGAGGAUGGGACCUAUAAUGCAGUGGGAUUCACUUACGGCAGCGAUUAUUAUGACCCGUCAGAACCGACGGAGGAAGAGGAGCCUUCUAAACAACGAGAAAAAAAUGAGGCCGAAAACAUAGAGGAAAAUGAGGAGCCUUUCAUAGCCCCUUUGGGGCUGAACGUGCCGCCUGACGUGGAGCUGCCACCAACAGCCAAAAUGCAUGCUAUCAUUGAGCGCACAGCCAACUUCGUGUGCAAACAGGGAGCACAGUUUGAAAUAAUGCUGAAAGCCAAGCAGGCCCGGAAUUCUCAAUUCGACUUUCUACGUUUUGAUCACUACCUCAAUCCCUACUACAAAUUCAUCCAGAAAGCUAUGAAAGAGGGACGCUAUACAGUGCUGGCAGAGAACAAAAAUGAAGAGAAAAAGAAGUCAGGGGUCAGCUCUGACAAUGAAGAUGAUGAUGAUGAGGAAGAUGGGAAUUAUCUGCACCCAUCUCUCUUUGCUUCCAGAAAGUGUGACCGCCUGGAAGAACUGAUGAAGCCUUUGAAGGUGGUGGACCCAGAUCACCCCCUUGCCGCACUGGUCCGGAAAGCCCAGGCAGACAGCCCUGCACCUGCCCCACCCCCCGCAGAUGGCGCAGCCCCUCAGCCCUCCCAAGUGGAGUACACCACUGACUCGACAGUGGCAGCCAUGUAUUACAGCUACUACAUGCUACCCGACGGCACCUACUGCCUGGCUCCUCCCCCACCAGGGGUUGAUGUUGCCACUUACUACAGCACCCUGCCUGCUGGAGUGGCCGUGUCCAGCUCCACUGGAGUGACAGCCAGUGCCCCACCACCUCCCGGGACCACACCACCACCACCCCCAAGCACAGCAGAGUCAAGUAGCGGAGUGACCUCCACCACCAUCACCACAAGUGCACUUGCUCCCGUGGCUGCCAUCAUCCCCCCACCCCCAGACAUUCAGCCCGUGAUUGACAAGCUGGCAGAAUACGUGGCUAGGAACGGCCUUAAAUUUGAGACCAGCGUUCGUGCCAAGAAUGAUCAAAGGUUUGAGUUCCUCCAGCCUUGGCACCAGUAUAAUGCCUACUAUGAGUUUAAGAAGCAGUUCUUCCUCCAGAAGGAAGGGGGUGAGAGCACACAGGCUGCGUCAGCACCAGAAGAGGCUCCUACAGAAUCUGUUCCUGAAAAGCCCAGUGAUGUAGGGGAGGAUGAUAUGUCUGAAGACCCAGCUGACGUGGGAGGAAGAGGCAGCUCAGUGGGGAAGAAGGAGGUGCCAUCCAGCAAAGUUGUCCUGGACGGGAAGCUCGUGAAAGCUUCAUUUGCUCCAAUAAGCUUUGCAAUCAAGGCCAAAGAAAAUGAUCUACUUCCCCUGGAAAAAAAUCGUGUUAAGCUAGAUGAUGACAGUGAUGAUGAUGAAGAAAGCAAAGAAGGUCAAGAAAGUUCUAGUAGUGCUACAAACACUAACCCGGCAGUUGCCCCACCCUGUGUAGUUGUUGAGGAGAAGCGGCCUCAACUUACCCAGGAGGAGCUAGAAGCAAAGCAAGCAAAGCAAAAGCUGGAGGACCGACUCGCUGCCGCUGCCAGGGAAAAGCUGGCCCAGGCGUCUAAGGAGUCCAAGGAGAGGCAACUGCAAGCAGAACGUAAAAGGAAAGCAGCCCUGUUUUUACAAACCUUAAAAAAUCCUCAGCCAGAAGCAGAAGUAGGAAAAGUUGAGGAGAACACUUUCAACAUAGAGGAAGCCAGCACUGUGCCCUGUCCUCUUCUGGCUGGAGGUAGACCUCUGCCCACCUUAGACACUAAACCCACAGAAGGGCCUUCAAGCAGAAGCAAAGACCUGCCCAGAGAAGAAGAGAGAGAAAAGAAAAAGAAAAAGCACAAAAAACGGUCUCGAACAAGAUCACGCUCUCCCAAGUACCACUCAUCCUCCAAGUCCAGGUCCAGACCCCACUCAAAAGCAAAGCACUGUCUUCCUAGUGCCUACCGGACAGCACGGCGCUCUAGGUCCCGGUCCCGGUCCCCGCGAAGAAGAGCUCACUCCCCCGAGAGACGGAGGGAAGAACGAAGUGUCCCCACUGCCUACCGGAUGAGUAACAGCCCUGGGGUCAGCAGGAAGCGAACCCGGUCCAGAAGUCCCCAUGAGAAGAAGAAGAGGAGGCGCUCAAGGUCACGGACCAAAUCCAAGGCUGGCUCUCAGUCUGCAUCCCCGAGCAAGCAGGCCCCACGCCGGCACUCGGCCCACUCGGCCAGCAUCUCUCCCGUGGAGAGUCGGGGCUCCAGCCAGGAGCGCUCCAGGGGAGUAUCUCAGGAAAAAGAUGGUCAGAUCUCUUCAGCAAUUGUUUCCUCUGUGCAGAGCAAAAUAACUCAGGACCUCAUGGCCAAAGUAAGAGCAAUGCUCGCAGCUUCCAAAAGCAUGCAGACCAGCGCCUCCUGAGACGCCGGUGGGUGGCAGCCCCCACCUGUACAGACCUUCACAGAGCACCGACCAGGCCCCAGACUCCUGGACUAUGGUGGUUUUUGUAAAUUAAUUUUUGGUGACAUUUUCAGUUUAAGAUUUUUGACCAGCAGUCUCUUACCUGUAUAUUUGUAAAUAAUAUCAUGUUUCUGUGAAAAUGUAUUAUCAAAUAAAAUGGGAGGAAAACACCUUUUCUAGCCA